CCGCUAAGGUGACCUACUCAUCAGUUCUCAGCGCUAGGAGCAAAGCUGCGUGUUCUAUAACCACCAAGCCCAAGAUUCUCGAUAUUGACGAGUCUGACAGAGAUAACCACCUGGCUGCGGUUGAGUACGUUGAUGAUAUGUACUCGUUUUACAAAGAAGUGGAGAAGGAGAGCCAGCCGAAGAUGUAUAUGCACAUUCAGACCGAUGUGAAUGAGAAGAUGAGAGCUAUCUUGGUUGAUUGGUUGUUAGAAGUUCACAUCAAGUUUGAACUUAACUUGGAGACUAUGUAUCUCACUGUCAAUAUUAUUGAUCGGUUCCUCUCUGUGAAAGCUGUCCCCAAAAGAGAGUUGCAGCUGUUGGGAAUCAGUGCCUUGCUCAUCGCUUCCAAAUACGAAGAGAUCUGGCCUCCUCAGGUGAAUGAUUUGGUGUAUGUGACGGACAAUGCUUACAACAACAAGCAGAUUCUUGUGAUGGAGAAGACCAUCCUUGGGAACCUCGAAUGGUACUUGACUGUUCCGACUCAGUACGUGUUCCUUGUCCGGUUUAUCAAAGCUUCGAUGUCUGACCCUGAGAUGGAGAAUAUGGUUCACUUUCUUGCUGAGUUGGGGAUGAUGCACUAUGACACGCUGAAGUUCUGUCCCUCCAUGCUUGCUGCUUCAGCCGUCUACACAGCGAGAUGCGCACUGAAGAAGUCUCCUGCUUGGACCGAGACGUUGACGUUCCACACAGGAUAUUCAGAGUCUGAGAUUAUGGAAUGCUCAAAGCUUUUAGCUUUACAUCACUCAAGAUGUGGAGAGAGCAGGCUACGUGCUGUGUACAAGAAGUACUCUAAAGUGGAGAACGGUGGUGUUGCUUUGGUCUCACCAGCCAAGUCGCUCUUGAGUGCUGCUGCUCCUCUUUCUGCUUAAGUGAUGGGGAAAAGGAGUCGUUCAUCAGAUCUCUCUCUCUCUGAUUGAAUUUGAAGAUUUGCUUUAAAAAAACCUCUUUUGUUGUUAUGAGUUCAAGAAGUAAUAAUGAAUUCUUUUAUGAGUAAACAAACAUGUCUGUAUUGGUUUCACCUUUUCUAUGACUAAUAGAUAAGCUUUCUGUUGUUUGA